CUACUUAGGCUAUAGGGUGUGGGGGUCAUGAUUGGGUCAUGAUUUGCCACAUAGGCCCAUUAUUCAUGCCCUAUACCACCCCCCUAAUUAAAUCACGGUGGUUUGCGUGAAUUAAACCACGGCAACCACGUCCCCCUUUUUUCCAUUAUUCACGCAAACCCUAACCCCCAACAUCAUCAAAAAGAACAAUCGCAGCAACAAAUCAACAAAUUCUUUUCCUUUUGUUCGUGAUAAUCGAAUUUCACAAGAGAAGAAUAGCAUAUAUUUGUUCCCCAGGUACUUGUUUUAUAUGAUAUGUAUUUUUAAUUCUCAAUCCAAAGUUACAUGAAUAUCAUCAUCCUUUUUUUCCUUUUGUUCGUGAUAAUCGAAAGUUACAUGAAUAUCAUCAUCCUUUUUUUCCUUUUGUUCGUGAUAAUCGAAAGUUACAUGAAUAUCAUCAUCCUUUUUUUCCUUUUGUUCGUGAUAAUCGAAAGUUACAUGAAUAUCAUCAUCCUUUUUUUCGUUUUUCUUUUAAUUUGUUUAAUUGGGGCGUUGAUUUUGCUUUUGAUCUGUGUGUGCAUACAAGUGACGAGUUGAAAAAAAAUUAAUGAAUAACAGAUAUGUGUGGUUAUUGAAUUCGUAUUUGAGUUUUGAAGUUUCAACCACUCUAAUAAGUUGUGUUUUAGCUUCUGAGUUAAUAUGAAUGUUUAUAAUUUAUUUAGAAGCCAAGUUGAUGCUUUAACUUUUAAGCAUAUUGAUAUCAGUUGAUUAAUGCCAAUAGAUUAGUUGAUUAAGCAUAGGUUUCUUUCCUUUUAUAUAUAUAUAUAUAUAUGUGACCCUGUUUCAGCUUAGUAAGUCAUAGGGUUUGAAUUUAGGGGUGUAAACAAGCCUGGCCGAGCCCGAGCUCGACUCGCCAUGUUUUUAUGAAGCUCGAACUCGAGCUCGGCUUGGUUCGAGCCUGGCUCGGUUCGAGCCUACUUAUUUGAGCUCGAGCUUGGCUCGCGAGUUUAAAUCAAAGCUCGAGCUCGGGUCGAGCUAUUUUGAGAACAACCUCAAACACACCGCCAGUUUUACCGCAGAUGCGACAUUAUGUUUUGGGACAAUAAAUUUAAGUAACUUUUUCAUAUCUGUAAUCAUAAGAGAUUAGCUGCAAAAGGAAGCUCCAUAAGCAUAUGAACAAUUUGAAGAGGGAAAGAGGGAAGGUGUGCUCCAAGAACCGUGAUAUAUAGUUUAAAACUUGGCACAUCAUUUUUAUAUCCUUAAAUGCUCUAUGGUUUAGGAUAAUAUUCUCAAAAAUGUGACUACCUGCUGUAGAGUUAGUGGUUAGCAAUUACUUUAGUUUAGUGGUUUUCCGGUCUAUGUUUGUAUGUGUAUUUUUAAUAAGUUAUGUAAUGGUGAUAUUAAUACAACUGGAGUUAGAAGGAAUGCUAUAACAUUGACAUCAUUUGUUAAACACAGUGAUUUUCUUAAUUUUUCUUGUUCAUGCUUCUUUGUCCAUUUAUGCAAUUCUUUUUAUGUGUUUCUCAUUAAGUUAUAGUUAAUACUACCAUGGAUAUAAGCAACUCGAACAACACAAACGACACAAACAACCCGAACAACCUGCCACGAACCCCGUGGACACCCGUUGAUCCGAUGUGGGCGGCUCCACAAUUUUCUUUUACAAGCUACAAUCAAGUUCCUAAUGCGUUCAACCAACUCCCUCAAACCCCGACCCCUAACGCGUUCACGCAACUCUCUCAAACCCCGAAUCCUAACGCGUUCACGCAACUCCCUCAAACCCCGCAACCUACUAGUUUAUUUCAACUUCAACAAAUCCAAUUUCAACAACAAUAUCAGCAACAACUUAAAACGAUCCAACAAAGCCAAAGUCGGCCUACUCAUACGAAAGUCCAAUCGCAACCGACACCCGAUACCCCUUCGUUAGACGAUUUGGAUGACAUUGCCGUCAAAAUUCUAAGAAAACAUCUACAAAAAAGCGUUCAAAGAGGCCGGAACAAGAAAAGUUAACCACCGGUAGAGGUCAAACUUGGACAUCGAUCGAAGAGUUGGCGUUGGCAAGGGCGUGGACCAAUACGUCUACGUGUCCGAUCAUAGGUAAUAAUCAAAAGUCUGGUAGUUUUUGGAAGGAGGUUUGCAACAAAUUUCAUGCUUUGAUGCAAAAAGAACCGUACCGAGAAGAGAACUCAAUGGGCUCAAAGUAUCGAGAGAUGAAUAAGAAGAUAUCGGCGUUUUGUGGUUAUUACAACAAUGCUUAUUUGAAUCGGCCAAGUGGGGCGAGUGAUGAGACGGUUUUUGCCAAAGCUAUGUCAAAAUACCAUACGAAAGAAGGUAGUGCGUUCACAUACGUAGGGGCUUGGGAAAUCUUUAAAAAUUGUCCCAAGUGGGCGCCGAUUCCUAACGAAGUAACAAGAGCAAAGAGGUGUAAAACAUUCGAGUCGAUAGAACAUAGUGCCGGUGAUUCGGAUGUGCGUUACCAUAUUAAUAUUAAUGACGAACCCGAGUUUGACGAUGAAGUGACGGAGAUUCCGGAAUUGAAGCGCCCAAAUGGUAGAGACAAAGCAAAAAAGGAAGCGGCGGCCAAAAAUAAAGAGGCGUCGACAAAAAAUGAAACUCCGGGUGAAACGAAGGUGGAUAAGUUGAUGAGCAAGUUCAACGAAUUUAACGAAAUACAAGCGGCGAGACUUAAGUUGAAAGAAAAAGAAAUGCAAGAAGCGGCCGAUCGUGAAGACUUUAAGCUAAUGGCGACAAAUAUCGACUCGCUCCCGGAAAAAGAUAAAGAAGUGUUGCAAAAAAUGAAGGCGAAAAUUGCUCAAAAAUGGGGUCUUUAAAUUAUGUCGUUAUCAUUUUUUAUAUUUUCUAGUUUUCGUCUUUAAUUUAUGUCGCAAACGUUUUUUUUUAUAUUUUCUAGUUGUAACGAAAUUGAUUUAGUUUUAUAUUUUAUGGAGUAAAUUACUUUUUCUUU